GACCAUCCGACGUUCAACUUGAAGUUAAACCUUACACGUCCGAGUCAUUUAAACGGUAACCUGGACGUUUGUACAACACCAGUAUUCGUUAAUCCUUGUUCUGCGGUUGUGUUGUGAUCUGAUACGAGAACUCACCGACGUUGGCUAUGUGAUUGUCUAGAAGGUAAAUUUCAAUGUAGUAUCCUUUCCUCACGGGCUCGGUAACUCCUGCGACUCAACGAUAUCAGCAUUUCUUCCGAAUUCCAUGAUGCCUUAGGAACAACUGCACGAGUUUCCAAAGGUAUUGCAGUCAUUAUGCCUGGAGAGCGGUAUACUAAACCCAUGGUGCUCUGCCAUGUUGUACUGCUGUAGUCAAGGCAUUAAUGCUACCCUAGUGAAUGCAUCCAACUAUUGAUGACGCCCUUUUGACAGAGUUUAUCAUCUUGCUAAGAUAUCAGUGUGUAGUGACCAUCGCGUCCUUGUUGUCCCUCGAAUAACAGUCAACGGUAGGUUUCUUGUUGCCGAAGUCGCGUGGGCCUACGAGUGGCGUGAGGACAAUACGGAGUCCUUUGUGUGCCACACCGCGUUCUUUGUUUCCACUCCCCUUUCACUAACUUACACCUUUGCUCAAUCUACCUGCUUCCUUCACCCACCAUCCUGCACAAAAUGGAUCGUGCUCAACUUAGCAAGCUUUCUCGCCCGGAAAUCCAGCGUUAUGCACGCCAAGCCAACAUAAAGGCGAAUUUGAAGACUAUUGCCAUUAUCAAAGCCUUGCUAGAGAAAUAUCCAGAUGGAGUCCCACCGAUCACCGAUGCCAAACGGAAAAGUGAGCGCAAGUCGAACAAACCCGAACCACCUCAAAGAAGUGGAGAUCAUAGUGGCGGGAACGAUAAAGAGACCGUGGCCAAAGAUACUCCCACUAACGAAUCCCAUAGCCCUCGCGAACUAGCUAGUAACUCCCCUCCACUUCCAACAGAAGACGUGUCAGACACACGAGCUUCAAAUGAACCCUCUGCCGCCCCAGCCCCGGUGAAAGACACUCAACCUGAAGUAUCAAAAGAACAGCCGUCAGCAGUUCCGACUCUCACCGGACCAAAAGACCAUCCUCCAUCCCCUCCAGCGGUUCCAGUGCCAAUUCCACUUUCACCUUCACCUCCUGCUCAGCCCUUACCUCGAGCUCGAUCGAAGUCAAAGGGAAGAUAUGCUCCUUCACCGGAAACACUCAUUCGAGAGUCCAUUGCUACCGUCCAACAUCGCCAAGAUCAAAAUGAUAACGUGGUGCCUACUACUUCAGGAACGCCGAGAGUCAUACGAAAUGGAGGCCCUGAGCCAGCACGUAUAGCGGCUUUACGUCCUGCUGCUGCACAACCUGGUCCUUCACGACAAGGGGCACCGCGAGCCCCUUCGUUCAGACAAUUCAUUGCUGGGCCACGCCCUCGUCGUCAAAGGCCGACUGUCGAUCACGACGUACUACCUACCGAGCCGCUUGCGACGGAGAUUCUUGCGACACAGAUUGUCCCAACUGAAGGCGCACCCAUCGCCGAUUUAAGUUCCCGAUCUUCGGAUGUGUUUAAGGACGAACCCGGCGAGGAAACGGUCGGACCGACGGAUGGAUUUGAAGUAGCAUCAACAGCAGUGAGUAGGCGAGAUCUAUACAACGACAUGCUGGCGGCAACCAAGUUACAAAAUACACGUGCCAACUUCGACGAGGCCAUGGGAGAACUUGGUGAACUGCAGAACUUGGUCAUGGACCGGUGGCUCCGUAUUGAAAAGGGCAUGGGUGUUCUUGCGACGGUUCGCACGAUCGUGGAGGAAGUAUUUAUGAAGCAAUGGAAGACAGACUCGCGGCUGCACGAUAAUCCGGAUGAUUCUGGUGGCGAUGAGGAGGAUUAUGAAAGCGUGUACGAGGCCGAAGAACAAGCAGAGCCAGAAUUAUUUUGGUUGGAUGCGGAAGAACCUGAACUGCCAACGCGCGGUACAAAACGGGGGCGCGAAGAAGAAGGGUUUGUUCCAAACAAACGCCUUCGGUCCUGAAAAAUUGUGCCAUAAAGGCACCGCGUUAUAUGCAUAGUAUCCUAGAGGAUCUGUGAGCAUACAAUGUAGUAUAUACCCAUCGAAUCUUAGUCCUUUGUAUCUUUCACCCUGGUCCAUAAUCAUUGACGG